UAAAAUAGCUGGAUUAUCUGUCACUAAGUCUCGCAAAAUAAUAGAAUGGAGACAAAAGAAUGGAGUAUUCAUUAACAGAGAACAGUUGCUCUCAGUCAAAGGAUUAGGACCAAAGAGUUAUGAACAAUGUGCUGGAUUUGUUAGAAUUAAUCCAGAAACAAUUGGAUUGCAACAAGGGUCUUCUGUGGUAUGUGAAAAAACCAAUCAUGACAUGAAAGCUGGUAUUAAAAGAAAAACUACUUCAACUAAAGAGAGUAAAUCAAAGAAAAGAAAAGUUGAUACGACAUCUGUAGUGAAUGUUUUAGAUAUGACAUGGAUACAUCCAGAGUCCUAUGAUAUUGCUGAAAGAUUGUUAUCUAAAGUAGAUGCCUCAGUCAAUGAAAUUGGACAAUCAGUGAUGACUACAAAACUGGAUCAAACAAUACAUCAAUAUGGAAUGGAAGUCCUUGCAGAUGAAUUAAAAGUUGGUAUACCUACAUUAACUCUAAUUAUUGAUGGUUUAAAACAACCAAAAGAUUUUGAUAUCAGAUCAGGAUUUGCAAAACCACUAUUCAGGAAAGGAGUCAUGUCUAUAAAUGAUUUACGGAGUGGUGAUGUAUUAACUGGUAGAGUGGAAAAUGCAACACACUUUGGAGCAUUUGUUGAUAUCGGCGUUGGACAAAAUGGUUUAAUUCAUACUAGUCAGAUGCCUCACUACGUGUUGCAGAAUGGUACACCACUUGGACCAGGGGAUAAAGUUAAAGUGAAAGUAAUGAAUGUGGAUGUAAACAGAGGAAGAAUAGGUCUACAGCUGCUGGAAGUAGUGAAUUAG